UUUAUAAAUAUGAAAAGGCCGCUUUAACUUCUUCAAUGGCGGCCAUGGAAGCAGAAGAGACAGAGGAAGAAGGAUCGCCUCAAUUUUGGAAGGAACUAACUUCUCCUCCAACUAUGGAAGACGACGGUGCUUUGGAUUUCUGUCCAAGCUUCAACAGCUAUUCUAUCGACGGACUUGCAAAUACUGCUGCGAGAGUUACCAGGGAGUUUGAAGGAAUGGGCGGCGGUGAAGAGGAUGAAUUCGAAUUUGUUUCGUUUCAGAAGACUGGAGAACAAAUGGUUUUCGACUGUCCGAUUGGUUCUGUUUUUCCUAUCUUCAAUUACGACCUAUUGGAGAAGAGUGAUGGAGCAGAGGUGUAUGAUUUUAACCACGGAAAUGCUCCGACUGUAAGGAUUUCUCUGGAGAAGCUUAUAAUUGAUGAUCGUGAUAGGGAACGUGACCGCGAUCGUGAUCCUCCGUCGUCGUCGUCGUCUGAUGCCGACGAAUUGGACGGAAUUCCACCGGGAACAUACUGCGUUUGGACGCCUAAGCCAGAGCAAGAGGCGGAGCGAGGAAAAUGCAAGAAGAGCAAGUCCACUGGAUCAGGAUCCUCGUCUUCAAGACGGUGGAGGCUCCGAAAUUUGCUUCCACGAAGCAACAGCGAAGGCGGAAAGAAUCUGUUCGUCUUCUUAACACCGUCUUCGAAGGCGGCGGAAUCGACGAGGAAGAAAGAAGAGAAAUCAAAGAAAUUAGGCGAAGGCGUCAAGGGAAAGAAGAGCUGUUCAGAGGCCAACGUCGUCACCGGAAAAUCAAAGGUCAAAGGAGGCUCCGUCGAGAAGCCAUCAUCGGCGCACGAAUUAUUUUACAUGAGGAACAGAAUGUUGAAGGAAGGAGAUAGGAGACGAUCCUACCUUCCCUACCGGCAAGAACUCGUCGGAUUCUGGGCCAAUCUAAACAGCGCGAGCAAAGCGUUCCCUCCAUUCUAGGGCUUCUCAUCAGGUUCUACUAAAUUGGAUUGCUUAGAGUAAUUAUUUUGUUAAUUUUGAUAAUCGUAGUUAUUAACAUACAUCCAAGAUUUUUUAUCUUUAAACACAGAACCGAUUGGUUUGUUUGGCUGUAUAUAUAAAUAUAUGAUU